AUGCCGGACAGGCUGCUGAAAUUCAGUUUCAGUAAUGCUGGGACUACUCAACAUGUUCAGAAAACCGGGUGUCAGGGAACAGCAGAAGUAGGGCUGCUUUGCACAGGAGGACAAGCCAGAAGCAGAGGUGACCAUGGUGCAGGCAAGGGCAGUGACAUCCAUGACUACGGUACAGUCCUGAAGUUUCUGAAUGGCAACAGGCAUGUAGUAGUGGCUGGAUCCAGCAACAGCCCCAGACAUAGCAAGGUGAAGAUAUUUGCCCCCAAUAUUGAGCAAAGGGAUGUAGUCGAUCACCUAAAAGGAAGUCCAACAGAAGAGAAGAGAAAUGUGUUGGUUGAAAGUGCCAGAUUGGCAAGAGGAAACAUUCAGGAUUUGGCUGAACUGAAAGUUGGUGAAUUCGAUGCAGUCAUUUUCCCUGGUGGUUUUGGUGUAGCAAAGAACCUGUGUUCCUGGGCUGUAGAUGGCAAGAACUGUACUGUCAAUGAGCACGUGAACUCCACACUCCAAGCUUUCCACAGUGCUAAAAAGCCCAUUGGUUUGUGCUGUAUAUCGCCAGUCCUGGCAGCUAAAAUCUUCCCUGGUUGUGAGGUUACAGUUGGCCAAGAUAAAAACGUAGAUGGAAGAUUUCCUGAUGCUGAAACGGCAUCUGCUAUAGCAGAGCUUGGAUGUAAGCACAUUUGCAAAAAUGUAAAUGAAUCCCAUGUGGAUAAAGCCAAUAAAAUAGUUACUACCUGUGCUUUCAUGUGCAAGGCUCCUCUGCAUGAAAUCUUUGAUGGAAUUGGAACAAUGGUACAAGAAGUCCUAAAACUUGCCUGACUGGAAUUGUACAGACUUCUGCAAGGACAUCAAAUUAGCUAGGCAUAAGCAUUUAGCUUCCUUUGAUUGUAUUAAUAAAAUAAUGCAACUAUUAAACUU